AUGGCCCAUAAACCACGAAGCCCACAACGUUACCGCAACCCACAAGGGGCACAAUCGUCAUGUCGUAACAACGUUGGCAAUAUAAAUAUCCGCAUUAGGGUCUACACUAAACUUCCCCAAACGUUGUUUGCACGAGAUCUGUGGUUCUUCGGGCCGCUACUGUUCUUCUCUCUCUUAGUAGAAGUCUCUGCUCACGCUCGAGCAGAUCUGUAUAUGAAUUUUGCGGGCUUUUAUAGUUCCUUUGACCGUGUUUCGUUUUUGGGCAAGCUUGAGAAGAAGAAACAAAUGGCAAAUUUCAUGGAUAGAUGUUAUGGCUACUGUGAGUUUCUUCGAGGAUUUUCUGUGGUGUUUUUUGGAAUGGAAUCUCAGAUCAAGCACGCUAUUGUGGUGAAAGUUAUGGGUCGUACAGGAUCCAGAGGGCAGGUGACUCAGGUGAGAGUUAAGUUCAUUGAUGACCAGAACCGGUUUAUCAUGAGAAAUGUGAAGGGACCAGUCAGGGAGGGUGACGUUCUCACUCUGCUUGAGUCAGAGAGGGAGGCAAGAAGGUUGCGGUGA